CAGCAACUUCAGCAGCAUCAUGAUCACCAUCAACAGCAGCAGCGACAGCAGCAUAAGCAGCAGGUGAUGAACCAUCAAGCGCAGAAUUUGGUGCCGCAGAAGCACAGGAUGGGAGGAGGAGGAGGAGGCGGAGCUCAGCUCAUUAUGAACAUGGAUGAUGUGCCAGACCCUCGCUACAUUCCUCGAGCAGUCACGUUCGAUGACAGAAACUUAGUGAGAAGUGCACAAUAUGAUGAUGAAGAGGGUGAUGAAGAAUGGGAUGAUGAGGAUGGCGAUGAUGUUGAUGAUGACGAUGUUGAUGAUGGGGACGACAAUGAAGAGGAUGCUGAUGAUGGUGAUGAUACAGCGAAAGAGAGUGUGGUGCAUGAUGAGCGCCCCAUCGGUGGCUCCGGAGGGAAGAAGUCCUUUGAGGAGCUCCUGGAGGAGCAGCUGAAGGAGGAAGAGGAGAAGUUGAGACUGGACAGCCAACAGACGAGCGGGGAGAGAAAGUUACCGUUCCUCCGGAAAGGCGAGGGAAUUGCUCGCUUUAACUCAGCGCCCAAGAAGCCCCCACCACGACCUCCUAAAAGGACGUUGGCAGGGUCGAAGAGUGCGGCAAAGCCGCCUUGGGUGUCGGGAGAUGCAGGAGGGUCUGGUGGAGGAGGAGGAGGAGACUCUGUAAAAUCUCAGGGGGUUGGUGGUCAAAACCGGACGGGAAAUGUGUCCAAGAAAGACUCGGUUGGGAACAGGCUGAAGGCGAUGUCGAAUGGGCGUCCCAUGGAGAGGAAAGGUGUCAGAAAUACUGAGCUGGACAGCCUGGCAGAGUUUGAGCUGAUGGAAGAAGCAAUGGACAACGUGAGUUUCUGCAGUAACUCCUCCCUGGUCCGGAAAUUGGUCAGCUCUGACUACCACAAGGAAGCAAUUGGUCGGCUGAAGACUAUCAAUGAAUCAAAAAAGGGAAUCACUGGUGAAAGUGCGGAGGAUUCUGCAAGAGGGCAAAAUUCACGCCCAGGGAAAAAUGAGAAGAAUAAUGAGGAGUUAACGGAACAUGAAAAAGCUGGAGCGACGAUUAAAACACAAAGUGCCUUCUUCAAAGCCAACAGUGACCACAACAACAUCAACAACAACAGCAACAUUAAUGAGAAUACCAGCAACAGCGGCAGCAACAAUAAGAAAACUUUGUCGUCUAAUGGUGGUGGGAGAAACAUCCAAGUUGCCGAGCCUGAUUCCGACGCAUCGUCAUCGGAUGCUACGUUGACAGAUUCAAGCGAUGAUAAUGAUGAUGAGUUCUAUGAUGAUAAAGUUGAGGAGAACAAGAAGGAGGGUUUCCACAGACAACAACACCAAGGAGGCAUACUGCAGCAGGGAGAUGGAUAUACUAGUCUUCAGAAUGGUUUGACAACAAUGAAAGAUAGUGCUGCUGCUCAUUUGUCGCCAGAACUUGAACAAAAUUUUGCGUCGUAUGCAGACAAAGUUGGAAGCAAUUCACAGCAGACGAAUUCUCCAUCGAAGGCACUGCCAAGGAAGGUGGCCCCCCUCGCUGGGAAAUUCUCCUCAGCCAAUGACACGUUGUCAAUGCUCAAAGCCCUUUCCCAGCAGGCAGGCUACCUCACUUCUGGAGGUGGUGGCGCAGGCGAUGGUGGGCAAAAGUUUGACAAAAGCAAGAACAACUCUGCCAGUCUAGUGGCUCAAGCUAUGUCAAAUGGGACAGCAGACAACAGAGACCCUCAAGUGCCCCCGAACUUUGCAAGUAGCGGUGCGCCCUUCGCGUUUUCAGCUCCCAAUGGCGCGAGUGUAGUUCCAGUUACAAGUUUCGGUUUUACGGGUUUGACCGAAACCUCGCAGGCUCUCCAGCCCUCGUCGUUGUACUCCACGAUGGUGCAGCCGACUUUCACAAGUGCCCCAAGCCACCACCUCGGACCGGAGUCUCAGCAGGCAGAGAAUCCCCUGAGGAGCUCGCUGAAUAAACUCUAUAGUAGUCAGAAAUAUAACUACAACAACGGCAAGAGCUCAGCUGUUGUUGUCGAUAAGCUAAGAAAUGCUGCUGGGGACAGCGACAACUAUGAAAGUGAAGAGGAAGGUAAUUCCAGUGAUGAUGAAAGUGAUGAGUAUAACUCGGAGGAGGAGGAAAAAUUGGAGAAGAAGAAGUGGUGUGGAGAGGACAAAGGAAAGAUAUCACAGAGACUGGUGGAAGAAACUGGCUCGCACUCAGAGGGAAAGAAGGUCUCCACGGGGACGGCUGAGCGCUCGGGAACUGUGCACGAAGGGGCGCCAGGCCGGUUAGGGUCAAGAUCGGUGGCUACUGCUACUGCAGCUGCGUUUGACGAUGAAGUGGAGUGGACAGAUGAGGAUGAGGAUGCUCAAACUUGUUUGAAAUCCUCGUCAGAGCCAGCCCCUGUUCCCAUGUCGGAGGGCACGAUGCUUUCAACCCCUCCGACAUCGCGACUGGUCACCCGGCUCUUCCCAAAGCUGAAGACAAAACCGAGUGCAGAAGCCGAGAAGGCAAGCGCAGCACUACAGCAGGCAUCGGCAGCCCCGCUGGCUCAAUCAGCGCAGCAACAGCAACAGCAGGCCGAUGGGAUCCAGUCUCGGGUGCUGAGAGACAAACUGAAGGAGCUGGAGGUGGAGAUAGAACGGUUUCGUUCGGAGAACGCUAAUCUGGACCGACUUCGCCGGGAACGCGAGGAGGGUCUGUCUAAGCUGAAGCAGGAGAUUGAGACGUUCCAGAAGGAGAAGGAGCAGGAGCUGAAGCGUUUAGAGGACUUCAAGCAGGAGGAGAUUAAGAAACUCAAGAGGGAGCGGAAACUCUUUGAAACUUACCAGAAGAAAGUUCGGUCUAUGCCAGACAAGAAAGAACGAGAAGAAAUUGAGAAUCUGCGUCAGCAGCUGGAAGAAGUUCAAGAGGAACUGAAGAGGAAAGAAAGUCGUUGGAAUUCGAGCACUGCUCGUCUCAAAAACCGCUUAGCGGAGGUGGAGCUGGAGAAUGGGGAGCUGAAGGAAGAGAUUCGAAUCCUGGAGCGGAAACGGUUAGAGUGGAUGACGGCUCAGAGCAAUGCCAAGGUCGCUGGGCAGCAGGUGAACGGCAAGGUCAGUUUGGAAGGCAGCACGGUCAAGUCUGGCGGUGGAAGUCGAGCAGCUCAGGCUGGCAGUUCUUUCCCACGGAGCAGCACCCCGACGCAUGAACAAGACGAGCCUGCGAUAAAGUCAGCACCCGCAGGAAGUAAUGUGAAAGCUCCCUCGGAAAAGGGAAAUCUUGGCUCCACAGCAGCACAGCGACCUUUGACCUCCGGCAGUUCAUCCGCUGGUUCAAAAAUCCCGGCACCGAUGUCUGGUCUCCGUAACGGUCAUCCGGUAGUGACAAAUAGGCCUCAGGGGGCGAUGUCCAGACCUCAAGGGGGCGGAGUCUCUGAGCAGACCGUCUUAACCAAUGGGAGGAACGGAGGAGGAGCAGGGGGUGUGGCUGCAGCUGUCACUCAGAGUGUCCUGGCCCCGCCCACUGCGCAUUCCGGUCUCUCUGGGGAUGGGAUGCAGACGGAGAACGGUCCCGUGCCGGUCAUGAUGGAAAACACCAUCCCGAAUGGCGUUCCUGCUGCCAGCAUGCCAGGUACCCGAUCCUCAGCCGUACUGGACCAAACAAGCAAGUCAGCAGCGGCCCUAGCCAUCGAGCGUGCCGUGGUGGAUAAAGGGGACAGCGCUGCCUACUCGGAGACACAGCACGGGGACGGAAAGCUGGAAAAGACAUACAGAAACGGAGCCAAAGAAAUUCGUUUUCCUAACGGCACCGUGAAGGAGAUUUCCGCUGACGGUCAAACAAUUGUGUGUAGGCUGGCAAACGGAGACAUCCGCCAGAUUUUCCCAGACCACCGUGUU